AUGUCCAUGUUAGCAUGCUCUGACCCCCCUUCUUCUUUCAGGGUGGAGCCUGCUGGAGAACGAUGGUUGAGACCAAGUCUGAGGAAGUAUUCCUGUCCACUCACAAUCAACAUGAACACAGUGAACAGAAACCUCAAACUGUCUGACAACAACAGGAAGGCGACACAUGUGAAGGAGCUUCAGUCAUAUCCUGAUCAUCGAGACAGAUUUAACUGGAUUCCUCAGCUUCUGUGUGAAAAUGUUCUGACUGGUCGCUGCUACUGGGAGGUUGAAUGGAGAGGAGGUGUUUUUAUAUCAGUGAGUUACAGUGAAAUCAGAAGGAGAGGAGACAUCAGAUACUGUAGGUUUGGAUAUAGUGAUCAGUCCUGGAGUCUGAGAUGCUCUGACUAUGAAGGUUACUCUGUCUGGCACAAUGACAGAGAAACACCCAUCUCCUCCUCCUCCUCCUCCUCCUCUUCCUCCUCCUCCUCCUUCUCCCCCUCUGUCUCUAACAGAGUAGCAGUGUAUGUGGACUGUCCUGCUGGCUCUCUGUCCUUCUACAGAGUCUCCUCUGACUCACUGAUCCACCUCCACACCUUCACCACCACAUUCACUCAUCCUCUCUAUGCUGGAUUUGGAGUCUGGUCCAGGUCUGGUUCCUGGGUGUCUUUGUGUUGAGUCUAAAGAGUCUGAUCGCAGCAGAGAAACUCUUACAGGUGAACAAAUAGUUCAGUCUGCACAUAUGUGUCUCUUUCACUCAGAAAUAUCUUUUGAGAUUCUUAGAUUUAAUUAGUUUCUGUGUGAAAGUCUUCUAAAUUAUUCCUUGAAAACUUCUUCCUCUUCCAGUCCUUUAACCUUUAGUCCCAAGCUUUAGUUUGAGUUUUGUUCGAGAUUUCUUCUAGCUUUGUGGAGUCAGGAGGAACCAAUUAACAGAAUUUUAUGAUUUAUGAUAAUACACAUUUUUAUGAUUUUACAAAUAUGUUUUGGUUCAUGUCACUGCUCUCAUGUGUGUGGCUGUGGUGGCCGUGCCUCUGUUUCCCUGGCAACCAGAAUCUUUACCUGCACCUUAUCUGAAAUCAGAAGCAGUAUUUAUAAUUGCUUGUGGCCUUCCAGUCAUCACCACAUUGUUAGUUUACCCAGAGGUAACAGCACUUGACCAUUUCUGCUUUCAGUUUGUCAGAAAUUCCCCUCAGCCUUUUUCCAAUUGUCCUUUGUUUGCUCCUCUCAGGAAAUCAGACCUGCUUUUCACACCAUCCUCAUCUCCUAUCUUUUUUCCCUAGUAAAUUACAACGAAUACAAUAUACAAUAGAAGUGUUAACUGGUACUCAGCUCUGUGUUAUUCAGGCUUUAUUUGGACUUUCUGACAUUUUCCCAUGUUGAAUUGAAGAAUCAUUUUCAUAUAAGAAAUUUAAUGUUUUGCUUCAUUUUUCACCACAACUGUUUG